AUGAAAGAAGAAGGUUGGUUUUCGUUGAAGGAGUUGAAUCAGAGGCUUGUAAAACUAAGGGAAGUUGAAGAGGAAGAAGUGAAGAGAACAAGGAAAGAGGUUCAUUUCGGUGGAUUGAGGUCUGGCAUUGAAUUAGCUCGUGACAUGGAGGAAGCUAAGAAAUCAAGUACUCUUCGUAAAUUGGAUAUUUGGAGCGUUUUGGAUGCCACUCCUCAGUAUUUGCUCGAGCCUCCGAAAGAGGAGCUUGUUGAUACUUAUUUCCACCCGGAUAACCUGUCUUCUGCGGAGAAGAUGAAAAUCGAGCUUACAAAGGUCAGGGAAGAGUUCAAGAUGUCGGAAUCGGAUUGUGGUUCUGCACGUGUUCAAGUUGCGCAACUGACUACUAAGAUCAAGCAUCUAUCCUCUGUUCUACAUAAAAAGGACAAGCAUUCGCGAAAGGGACUUAUAGCAAUGGUGCAGAGACGGAAGAAACUGUUGAAGUAUAUGCGACGAACAGACUGGGAUUCAUACUGCAUUUCACUGUCAAAACUCGGUCUUCGUGAUAACCCAGAUUACAAGUAUUAA